CGAUUCUACCCAGGGGGGACUUCAUGAGAACAAGCCACUUCAAGACGGCCCUACAAAAACAGAUUAGAGGGGAGAAAAGGAGCCCUGGGGAGAUAUGGUCUUCGCCCUUAAGUAGGAACACCCCAACCUCAGACAGACACAGCCUGAGAGGCUGACAGUUCAGGACGGUGUGAGUCAGGGGUGGAGGGGGAAGGGCCAGUCCGGGCUGCACCCGUGGGAGUGGCUCCACCCUCUCCCACCUCAGAGCCAUGGGGAGCCCGGUGCAGGCUUCCUACACGGUCCUGCUGCUGCCUCUGGGGACAAGCUGCCAAGACCCAGGGGCCCGGAACUUCUUCCUUUGGCUGCAGAAGAUGCAGACUCUGGAGAGAGAACAGGAUGUCCUGUGGCAGGGGCUGGAGCUGCUGGAGCACAGCCGGGCCUGGUUUGAGAGUCAUCUGAGGGAGGCACAGAGACAGCAGCUGCAUCUGGGUGCCCUUGGGGAGACUUUUCUGACAGAUUUAUACUCAGAGCCUCAUGGCCUCCAGUUAGCCCAGAUUCUAAAGGUGAACAUCUGUUUGCAGAACCUGAUUCAGGAGAAGUUCUCCCCGUGUCCAAUGAACAAGGCUAGUCCCUGCACCUCCCAGGAGUGGAAGGAAAGGUCAAGGAAACAGGGCUUGUGGUUACAACAGGAGUUGUCAAGGCAGCAGAAAGGAGUCAUCCAGCCAAAGGGGGAGAGGGCUCAGCUGGGCUGCCCCAAAGGAUGGAGGGGCCCCAGCCUCAUCUAAGGCCUCCUCUUGCUCCCCUUGGUCUGAUGAGGGAGGAGGCUGAGAGAACCCCCAACCUCCUCUUUCUGCUUCUUAACUCAACAGUCAAAUGGCUACAGGUGGUGGGUCAAGUGAAGUUCAUACUUCUUGAUGUUAAGCUUCUCUUCUCCUUCUGGCAACUUCCAUUUCAUCUUUUUGCUGUUGCAUGCCCUCUCUCUCCCCUAUAUGAUGUGCAACAAUGAUCUUCCUUUGAAAUCUCUUUGGGGAGAAGACACUUUUAUUGUACUGGUCCUUCAGCUUUAAAUAUAAAAAUAAAAUGGAGGCUGCUCCAGAGUUUUAAAUAAAAACAAUUCUAUAAAUAACA